AUGGCGCAGAUGAGACGAAAAGAUGAGUCCGAUGAAGAAGAUGAAUCAUGGCGCAACACAUCAUAUAUGGCAGCUAUGUCUGGAGUCAUGGCGUGUGAGCCAACUGAGAAACAACCUCAAUGGGGUAGCUUUAUUGCUGGUCGCUUUUACAAACCACGAAACAGAGAGAUGACGUAUGACAAUCUGAUGAACAACUACUUCAACCCAAACUCGAUGUACACAGAAGAGGAUUUCAGACGUCGCUUCUGGAUGAGGUGUCAUGUCUUUGAGCGUUUACUUCAUGAUGUCCAACAUGUCAAUCUAUACUUUCGACAGAAGCUGGACAGAGCAGGCCGUCCUGGUUUCUCACCUCAUCAGAAAGUUACUAUUGCACUACGAAUGCUAGCCUAUGCCUCCCCAACUGAUGCGAUGGAUGAUACAUAUGUUGUUCAUCUUUACAAAGAAGAGUACCUCCGUGAACCAAAUCAAGAAGAUCUGGAUUGGCUCAUUCGCAAAGCUGAAGACUGUGGAUUUCCGGGCAUGAUAGGGUCUUAG